AGGCGAGGCGAAGCGCCGGAGAGCUGGAAUCGGCUGCCGUCGCUCGGACGCCGGACAUGGUGAAGGAGGACGAGUCCAGGGACAGGGCGCUGGAGCUGUUCCUGAAGAUCGGCCUCGACGAGCGCACCGCCAAGAACACCGUCGCCAACGGCAAGGUCACUGCGAAUCUGACGGCCGUGAUUCACGAGGCUUCUGUGACGGAUGGAUGCGACAAGAGCAUCGGGAAUCUUCUCUACACGGUUGCUACGAAGUACCCUGCCAGUGCUCUCGUGCACCGGCCCACAUUGCUCGAGCACAUUGUGUCAGCAAAGAUUAAAACUACAGCUCAGCUAGAUGCUGCAUUUUCAUUUUUCUCCAACACUGGUUCAGAGAGCUUUAAGCUUCAUGAGUUUGAAGAAGCGUGUGGUGUCGGAGUGGAGGUGUCCGUGGAAGAUAUUACACAAACUGUUGGUGAGAUUUUUGAAGAGAGAAAGAGCUCAAUCUUGGAGCAGCGUUAUCGAACAAAUGUGGGUGAAUUAUUUGGACAUGUUCGAAAAAAGCUGCCAUGGGCUGACCAAAAGAUUGUUAAGCAAAUCAUAGAUGCAAAAAUGCAUGAGUUGCUGGGUGAAAGGACUGCUGCAGAUGAUGAAAAGCCUGCAAAGAAGAAGGAAAAGCCUGUGAAAGUUGAGGAGAAGAAAGUUGCAGCGGCUGCUGCACCACAGCCCUCUGAAGAAGAACUUAAUCCAUUUAAGGAUUUUCCACAGCCAGAGGAUAAUUUCCAGGUGCAUACUGAGGUUUUUUUCAGUGAUGACCGUGUGUUGAGAUGCUGCAAUUCAAAAGAAAUGCUCAAUAAGCACUUAACAGUGACAGGCGGAAAAGUUUUCACUCGAUUUCCCCCUGAACCAAAUGGGUAUCUGCAUAUUGGUCAUGCAAAGGCCAUGUUUGUUAGCUUUGGUCUGGCUAAAGAGAGAUCUGGGUGCUGCUAUUUGAGGUUUGAUGACACAAAUCCGGAAGCUGAAAAAAAAGAGUACAUUGAUCAUAUCCAAGAAAUUGUUGAUUGGAUGGGUUGGAAACCUUUCAAGAUCACUUAUGCCAGCGAUUACUUCCAAGAGUUGUAUGAUCUGGCGGUGGAGCUUAUAAAAAGGGGUCAUGCUUAUGUUGACCAUCAGACACCCGAUGAAAUAAAGGAGUAUAGGGAAAAGAAGAUGAAUAGUCCAUGGAGGGACAGACCUAUUGCAGAGUCAUUAAAACUCUUUGAGGAUAUGAGAAGGGGUCUGAUCGAGGAAGGGAAAGCAACACUUAGAAUGAAGCAGGAUAUGCAGAGUGAUAACUUUAAUAUGUAUGAUCUCAUUGCAUAUCGUAUAAAGUUUACUCCUCAUCCUCAUGCUGGAGAUAAAUGGUGCGUCUAUCCAAGCUAUGAUUAUGCUCAUUGCAUUGUUGAUUCCCUUGAAAAUAUCACCCAUUCGCUCUGUACUCUUGAAUUUGAGACGCGGCGUGCUUCCUACUAUUGGCUAUUGCAUGCUCUAGACCUAUACCAACCUUAUGUGUGGGAGUACUCUCGGCUCAAUGUCACUAAUACUGUAAUGUCAAAGCGGAAGUUAAAUUAUUUAGUGACCAAGAAAUUUGUUGAUGGUUGGGAUGACCCACGUUUGAUGACCCUAGCUGGUUUGAGAAGAAGAGGUGUAACUUCAACUUCCAUCAAUGCUUUUGUUCGAGGAAUCGGAAUCACUAGAAGUGAUGGUAGCACAAUACGGUUGGAUCGCCUUGAGUAUCACAUUAGAGAAGAACUGAACAAAACAGCGCCUCGAACCAUGGUUGUUCUAUAUCCACUUAAGGUUGUUAUUACCAACUUAGAUGCUGGCAGUGUGAUGGAUCUGGAAGCAAAGAAAUGGCCUGACGCUCAAACAGAUACAUCUGCCAUCUACCAGGUCCCCUUUUCGAAGACGGUGUACAUAGAACAGUCAGAUUUUCGGAUGAAGGAUUCAAAAGAUUACUAUGGUCUUGCUCCUGGUAAAACAGUGAUGCUAAGAUAUGCAUUCCCCAUAAAGUGCACCAAUGUUGUCUUAGCUGAUGAUAAGGAAACAGUUGUUGAGAUUCACGCUGAGUAUGAUUCCUCCAAGAAAACAAAACCUAAGGGGGUGCUUCACUGGGUUGCUGAACCUUCCCAUGGUGUUGACCCACUUCAGGUGGAAGUCAGAUUGUUUGACAGGCUAUUUUUGUCAGAGAGUCCGGCUGAGCUUGGUAAAGAUUGGCUUGAUGAUCUCAACCCACAUUCAAAAGUUGUGGUCCCUCGUGCAUAUGCUCUACCAUCACUUCGAGAAGCUAAAGUGGGAGAUAGAUUUCAGUUUGAAAGGCUUGGGUAUUUUGUGGUUGACGAGGACUCUACUACAUCUGAGAAACUUGUCUUCAACCGGACAGUUACACUGCGAGACAGCUACAGUAAAGGUGGAAAGUAGGUCGUCAUGAUAGGACACUAGCCAUGCCAUGAGAUGCAACUAGAGAUGCACAGGUUCUGAAUACUUUGCAGAUGUAUAAACAGUUACAUUGAUUAUUAACCACAGGCUAUUAAUCAUUAUCCACAGGACUACUACGUAUAUCUUUGAAUUCAUCAUGACAUACCUAUUUUGUCA